AUGAGAGGUAAAGAGGAAUCGAUCAGAGAGAGAGUUGCAAUCCGAUGCGCCAGAGCUUCCAGGCUUCUCUAUUCACUCGCUUAUUUCCGCGAUCAGACGGUCACCAUUGAUACCACCGGCGAGGAGAAAGGAGAGACAUGGAGUGAAAUAGAGGAUCUGAGGAGGAAGCUUGCCAUUGAGAAGAAAAGGAUGAGUUGGAUUAAGCUUUGCAGCUUGACGGAGCUACUUCUUCUCGUGGUUUUGGUUCUGUUGCUUUCAACUUUCUUCCUACUCUUCUUUCUCCCAUCUCCAUGA